AUGCAAGCUGUCAUCCAUUCGAAUGAAGAUGUUAAUUGGUUUGAAGAUGCAAUAUCAAAAGGUCUUAUUAAACUUUUCGAUUACGAAGAUUUUAGUGAAAUGAAACAAAUGUUUAAAAUUCAUCAUUACGUCAAUUAUCAUGAAAAUAUUAUUCGUUUUUUUGGAACUGCAGUUCAAGAAAAAGAUAAUUAUUUAUUGGUAAUGGAGUAUGCUGAUAAUGGUACCCUUCGUUCAUAUUUGGAAAAAAAUAAAAAUCUUACAUGGGAAUUCAAGUUCAAAUUGGCAUACCAAUUAUCUUGUGCCGUAUCAUAUUUGCAUUAUGAAGGAAUUAUGCAUCUUGACUUGCAUUCAAAAAACAUAUUAAUUCAUCAAACUUCCAUUAAAUUGGCUGAUUUUGGAUUAUCCAGAAGAGUCAAUGAUGUAUCUGAAGCACACUCGGAGAUAUAUGGUAUACUAGCUUAUAUCGAUCCCCAAAAGCUUCAUGACAAUACGUAUCGUUUAAACAAAAAGAGUGAUAUAUAUAGUAUUGGUGUACUUUUGUGGGAGAUUUCAAGCGGUCGACCACCUUUUGAAAAAGUAAAUCCAACUUCAUUACCAUUACUACUGGACAUCUUAGGGGGUGGUAGAGAAAAGAUUAUUCCGGAUACGCCCGAAGUUUAUAAAAAUAUUUUUACUGAAUGUUGGGAUCAUGAUCCAGAUAAUCGCCCAGAAAUAACCCAAGUAGCUUUUCGAUUAUAUGAUUUAUAUCGACCAAAUAUAAUUAUUCCAGAAGUCGUUAAACCAGAUGUUCAAUCAUCAGAUGAACAAUCUAGUGCUGGUUCUCAAUUGAUUGACCAUCAAAAUUUUAAUAACAUAGUAGAAUCUAAUACUAAUAUAAAUUUAUUUGAAAAAGCUACUAAAGAAAUUGAUUCUAUUAUUAAUGAAAAUCUAAAAAAUGGAAAACCAAUUGAAAAUAAUAUUUUUGAUUAUCAAAAUAAUCAUAACAUUACUUCACAAGAAAUUUACAACUGGUUAAAUGAUCAAAACGAACCACAUCUUAUCUUUUUACGAGGGUGUUAUAAUUAUUACGGAAUUAAAACAAAUGAUGAUUAUAAAAUGGCGUUCAAAUUAUUUGAAGAAGCAUCGAAACAAAAUCAUAUGUUAGCACAGUAUUAUGUUGGAUUAUGCUAUCAUUAUGGACGUGGAGUUAUGAAAGACAAAGAAUUGGCUUUGGAAUAUUUUAAAAAAACGGCCGAUGAAAAUUUCUCAUCCGGUCAAUUAAGAAUUGGUUUUUAUUAUAGAAAAAAAAAAGAUUUUAACAUGGCUUUUCAUUGGUACGAAAAGGCUGCAAAUAGUGGAAAUAAUAUAGCUCAAUUUCAUCUUGCUCGUAUGUAUAAGGAUGGAGAAGGAGUUGCUAAGGAUUAUAACAAAGCUUUUCAGUUAUUUCAAAAAUCGGCUGAAGGAGAACAUAUAAACGGAAUAGCAAUGUUAGGAUAUUGUUAUCGUAACGGAAUAGGAACUUGUAGCAAUAAAAAAAAGGCAAUUGUGUUCUAUCAAAAAGCAGCAAAUUUGGGACAUAAUAGAGCUCAAUAUAUCCUUGCGCUUAUGUAUGAAAGUGGUGAAGGCGUAGAAAAAGAUUAUGAAGAGGCCUUUGAAUUAUGUAAAAAAUCAGCCGAAGGGGGAUAUUUAGAGGGAAUGUUUACAUUGGCAUACUAUUAUUGUGAUGGAAUUGGAACCAAUGUUGACGAACAAAAGGCGGCUGAAAUCUACCAAAAAGCAGCGAAUUUGGGACAUAGUAAAUCCCAAUAUAAUCUCGCCCUUAUGUAUGAAAAUGGAGAGGGUGUUGACAGAGAUUAUAAGAAAGCUUUCAAGUUAUAUGAAGAAUCUUCUCGAGAAGUAGUAGAAGGGGCAUUUAAAUUAGGAUAUUUCUAUAAGAACGGUCUUGGAACUAGUCUCAAUAAACAAAAGGCUGUUGAAUUUUAUCAAAAAGCGGUAAAUUUAGGCCAUUUUGUGGCAAAAUUUAAUCUUGCGCUUAUGUACAAAACUGGGAAAGGGGUUAGUAAAGAUUAUGAGAAAGCUUUUGAAUUAUUUAUAGAAUCAUUUAUUUUUAUUUAUUUGAACUAUUGCAUCAAAGAGCAAAUUAAAAUCUAA